AAACAUUCCCGCCCGCCUCGCCGCUGACCCCCGACCCCCGCGGGAGGCGGGCGCGGCGCUGCCGAGAGACUGUCACAAGAGUCAGAUGAUGGAGGAAAUUUGGCUCAAGCCUGCAGCCAUAGCAGCGUGAGAAAGCCAGGAAGAGUGGUGGGCUUAGACCCAGAGGGAGUACAGACUGGUCUGUAAGAGAUAUCUUGUUAGUUUGGAGAAGUAAAACCACUGUUGGUAUGUUAACUGUGUUUUUAGAAGGGCAGUUUAACUGACUGAAAGUUUUUUUGCAUUUAAAUACAUUUGUGUGUAUGCUGCAACACUGAAAAAAACCUACUGCUUGUAUGAUGUGCAUACAAUAAAUUACCCCUCUGGUAUAAAAGGAAAAAUAUUUGAUGUUUAAAUGAUUAAAAGCUAUGGGGCAGUGCAGAGCCACUCAUGUACCAGAGUGUAAAUGGUUUGUGUUUUUUAAGCAGUAUUUUCAUAUUCAUGUGCACAACCCAACAGGUCAGUCAGCCAACAGUUCAGUGUUUGGGCUGAGCAUGUGCUGCGAGUUUGGGAAUAUGGAGUAACACCGUUCUAAAGAUAGAUGUCCCUUCUCUACCCCACAACACAACUGUUAAAAAAUAUGUGUGUUUACUUGCCAUUCCUAAUUGUGAAAAGAGGGAGGAAAAAAAUGCUGUGGGAAAUUCCCACAUGGAAAGAUAUUGUUGAACUUCAUUAAAGAAAAAGUGUCACAACAUUUUCUUUUUGGUUCUAAAAGAGGUGGUGUGCCAAGCUGGUUUGAAGGCUGAGGUGAAAUUGAAAUGCUCAGUGCACAGCCUUCUGAGAGGAAAUGAGAGAGAAAAAGAAGAACAUGAGUGUUAGAGCUGCAUAUUUCCAGGGUGCCAGGGCCUCACAGUUUUGAGGUAUUUGAUUUACUUUCUUUCUGAAGGGGAGCUGCUUAUGGAAAUUUUCAUUUCUAUGGAGCUAAAGUUGGAGGUGUUUGGUGCUUUCUUGUGGUCAUUGAAUUGCUACAGAGAUAGGUGUUAUUUUCAAAGGACAGAUUUCUGAAAGGUAGAUAAUGCAAAAUGCUCUCCUUAAUCACUCCAUGGAGAACAUUUGCAUAGUAGAAGAAAAAAGGAUUUGGAAACCACAAAAUGAAUUUAGGGAAGGACUCACUGUGAAAGACAAACAUGACAUGAGACAGCUUUUGUGAGAAAUUUUAGUAUACUAUUAGUUCUAGUUUUUAGUUUGCAUAUCUUCUCUGUGAUUUUUAUCUUUUGUUUAAUCUGAAUCUUUAAUUGAACAUUCUGUGCUUGAUAACUGUCACAAAAGUAAACUGGGUAGGUAUACUUGCUGUUAAAAGUAUUUUUUAUGAAACUGCUCUGGGCAACAGUUUUAUCUCUCUAAAACCACUUAAUGUUUUUACCAUGAAAGGAGAAGUUAUGCUAAGCAUCCAAGUCUAAUAAUUCUCUUAACGGAAGUGGUACAGCUCUGUCAGGAAGUGGAUCAUUUCUUGAAAGAGUGCAUUUAAGCAUUACUGCUUCUAGGGUCCCAUUUCAGUUAGUAUUAAUUUCUUCAAUGAAAAGUGAUUUUUUUUUUCUUCAGUCACCGUACAGUUGCAACUACCAUUAUUAGAGGCAGCACUUUCAAAAGUUUAAUUACUAAAAGUCUAUGUGCUUAUAAAAGAGGAAAAAAAAUAUUGUCAUGUUCUCAGUUUCUGAUAAGGAAAAGGAAAAAAAAAAUGAAUGCUGUCCAUAGGUGAAAGAAAGCACUAGCCAUUGAAACAGAAAUAGGGGUUUAUUUCACUUUUUGAAUUGCUAAAGCUUCUUAAGGUAGGCAGAAACGUAAUUUCUGUUUAAUAAAAAUGAUUGACUUUUGUAUCCUAAUCCUCACUCACAAUAGUUUGAUUUUUUUUUUUCAGAUUUGUUGGAGGGAACACAGAGGAGUGUUCUACAUAAUGUUGUCAUUAAACCUCAGUAAUAUUCACUGAGUAAACUCAAAGUCCUUUAGGAAAAGACCUGCAUGUGAAUUCUCACUGUUUUGAAAAUCUACUGCCAACUUUGGUGAAGGGGACUUUAGAAAGGAGAACUUAAUCAAGGAACUGUGAAGUUCUUCACUUGGCCUGUGCUGGGACCAGCAGCAGAACAGAGCUCCUGAGCUGCUCUCUUGUUGCAUUUGUCGCUGUACUGUCACACUCCCUUGCACUUGCUGCACAGCCAUGGUGCUGCUGCCAUCAGUGGUGAUGUCCCAAGGGUGCCAUGGCAGAGUGACUGCAUCAGAAACACCCACAUGCUGUGGGAUCAGGCUGCCCAGGACAGUUCAACAAGGGCCUGUAUCCUUUCAGGCCCUUAAAAGUAAGGUACUUGGGAAUUUUCUUUGCAGAACACAAUGCUUCAGUUCAAGCCCACCUUUCUCCUAUGCAGGAGGCACUAUGGCAGCCUCUAGCUAUGGCCUAACAUUCUCUCCUUUGUCAAGGGUUGCUGUGGUGGAUGAGGACAGUUGCCCAGUGUAAUUACAUCUUAUACUGGUCUUGAAUGACUGUUUUGAAUUCAGAAAUGGUGAGGGCAACUGUUGACACUCUGCAGCACCAGCACACCACUUGCAGAAGGUCUCUUCUCAUGUCAUCAUGGUUGCCACUUGCCUAUAAAAUUAAUUAAUUCCUGAUUCCUGUGGAUGCCUGGAAGGUCAGGUCAGUGUAGCUUGGUUGAACUGCCACAUCAUCCAGGUCUUCCAUCAGUCACAUUACUACACAGCUGAGGUCUUCAAAGGUUCACAUGCUGUAGAGUUUCAGUUUCUCUGUAUAUGCAGGGGAAGAAGAGUUAGGAAUGAUGUUGAGAUCUUCAUUCAGGCCUACAGGCCUUACUGUUCAGGAUUAAAACUCAUUCAUUUUACACAUUCUUGUUCAGGGAUGGUGACGAUUAUAGUUAAUAAUUUAUGGGGUCUGUGAUGCAGUCUACCAAAUAAAUAUGUAACAUCUGUGGUUUUCAGAGCUUGGGCAUCUUCACUAGUGACAAAGCAGCACUCUCUUCUCCAAAAGGACUGUGGUAUUGUCAGCCUUAAAAUAUAUGUCUAAUUACUGAUAGCACUGCUCGUUGCUAUUCCUUCUCAUUGUCCUGCUGUACUAAGCGUUGGUCAAACACGCCCUGAGCUCUUACAGAUAGAGAAAAAAAUGUGUCUGCAGAUGCCUGGAUGCACCAAACUGCUGAGGGCAGUUUCCAGAUCAUCAUGACAACUAUAGUCACCACAUAAUACCACAGUUGUCAGGUAUACAUUAAUGAAAGUAUAGUAAUGCAGCCAUAAUUUGUCCAUAAAUUGGAAUCAUUCAAGUUGGAAUGGAUGCUGCAGAACAGAGUUGUCCAGGUAUCCUUGGUGCAAAUUAACAUCUAUUAUACAGGCAGUGUGGAUGCUCCAAGACAAAAUAGCAGUCCAAAUGCAGACCAUUUGCUAUCACGUAGUACAGUUGCUAACAGCAAUUUACCUAUACUUCUGAAAAUUGCAGUGAGGUAUUCUUGGAGAUCCUGCCACCGACUCAUCUGAUCAUCCAUAUAGUACAACUGAAGCCUGGAGGUCUGUCAGGGAAAUGACACUCUGUCCUUUUGAGCUGUUCCCAGUACUUCUUGGUCUAGGAGUUGAAGGUAGCAGUGGAAAAAUGAAAGUUAAUAUCUCUUCAUCACAGGUAUGUGUGGAGACGGAGAUAUUUGUUCUUGGUAGUUUGGAGGGGUACAAUUCACUGGAAGUUCCCCACACACAGCCUACUGAGACACUCACAUCUCAAGGACACUAACUUUGUGUAAACACAUGGGCUGGAAUAAUUUCUUUAGUGACCAUUGCUGAGGAGAAUUGCUUGGUGAGCAGUGGUGGGUGCAGUGGUAGCGCCUGCUGGCAGACAUGAAAAAAAAGGAAUGGCGUAAUCCUGGAAGUAGCCUGAAAGACCUGACAGCAAGAGCAUGGCACCUUUUUUGGGAGCGUGGUUCUAUUUUUAUGAUGCAUAGGUAGCAGAACAUCACUUACCUGCUUACCUUCAGAUGGAAUUCCUUGAUAGGAAUGAGCACCCCUUCAGCCCUGUGACCAUGCAUGAUGUGACUGGGUGUAACCCAGGUGGUGGCAUAUGUUCUUAUCAAAACAAGCACCUGUGGCUGCUGCCUUGCCAACAAAGCAGUACAAGUCAUUGUACUUUGUCCUGUGGACUUCCACUUCCUUUCCUUCUGAAUAACACUGGAAAGAAAAAUUUCCCUCACUUUAGGAGUUUUGUCCAGCCAAUGCCCAUCACCUUAGCUGCUGUGUGCAGUGUUAGCUGGCCAGUGCUGCCACAGGGGCAUGGGAGAGGCUGGCAGUGGUGGUCUGCAGCAAGGUCCCCAUGUGGAGCAAUUCUUAUAAUCUGUAGCUCAGCAUAAAUUGGGAAACAAUAUUUAAAUACCAUACUCAUGCCCUCAUGGGUUUUUUUCAAUUUCUUGAAGUUGAAUAAGCGACCCUUGCCAUCUCGUAUGAAAACAGCCUUUGGUGGAUCAUUUGCAGUCUCUUCUUGCUGCUGGAUGAAAGGAUGCUUUUGACAGGAGGCUUGAAAUCUCUCCUUCCCCAUGUGCUAAGAAGAAUAAUUCGGUGCAACAGACUCAGUAUUAGUAAUACUUCUGUAAUGGCAGAAGGUUACAAACAGGCCAGUGUUGUGAUUUUGCACAAGUCCCUGGCUGAUGACUUUGAGAAGUUCUGCCAUGCAAAUGAUGGACCCCUGCCACUGCUGUACAGAAGUCAACCAGGUGACUGGAAAUGUCCCUCCCUGAGUAGUGAUUCUGAUAUCAGGACUGACUGCCAGCAGUAUAGAAAAUAUGAGCAUGGAGCUUGUACUGGGUCACUGAAAAGCCUUAAGGAGUAUUCUGAACAACUCAAGGACAUGGUGACUUUUUAUUUAGGCUGCAGCUUCUCUUUUGAAAAAGCAGUCCAAAAAGCUGGCAUUCCUAUCAGAAACGUUGAGCAAAAAUGUAAUGUAAGCAUGUACAAAACAUCUGUGCCUUGCUACAGCAUUUCUAUGUUUCACUGCAACUUAGUAGUCACAAUGAGACCUAUUCCUGAAAGCAAGUUGGGAGCAGCUGUGCUAGCAACGGCAGAAUUAAAAGAAGCCCAUGGAGCACCAAUUCACAUAGGUGACCCUGGUCUGUUGGGAAUACAAGAUCUUUCUAAACCAGACUAUGGAGAUCCAGUUCACCUUCACCCUGGUGACAUUCCAGUGUUUUGGGCCUGUGGAGUAACAGGAGUAGAAGCAAUUAUCAACUGCCGAACUCCAUUAGCUUUUACUCAUUCUCGUGACUGCACAUUCAUCACUGACCUAGAGAAUGACAAUGUCAGAUCCUUAGGAGGAGUCCCACAAGUCCACUGCAUCUCUCAAGAUCCUCUGCAUUUCAGCAUUGUGUCAGCAGAAGCAGCCCAAAAGAUAAAGACUCUAGAGACCCUAAUUGGAAUAGAUCCAGGAGAGCGGGGUAUAAGGCAUCUGCAGCGCCAGGGUGAGCUGCUGGGGGCCUGCCUGGCCAUGUCCCACGCGGGGUCCGUGCUGAUAACAACGGGAUUUCCCACCCACUCCACCCACCAGCCGCCCGAGGAGAACGAUGGCCCCCCGGGAGCCCUUGCCAUUGCAGCGAUGCUGCAGGCCUUGGAGAAACAGGUUGCCAUAGUUACAGAUCAGCGAGCCAUGGAUCUGAAUAAAAAGAUUAUUGAAGAAGCUGUUCAACUAGGAAUCCUGAAGAAGCCCAUCCCUCUAUUGAGUUAUCAAAGGGAAAGUGCCAAUUCAGCUUUAAUGUUUUUGUGUGAGAAUGGGAAUCCUGGAAGACCUAGAUUUGAUCACCUGGUAGCAAUAGAGCGUGCUGGGAUGGCUGCUGAUGGCAAUUAUUACAAUGCCAGGAAAGUUAACAUUAAACAUCUCGUGGAUCCCAUAGAUGAACUAUUUUUAGCUGCACAAACCAUUCCAGGAAUCACAACAACAGGUGUUGGAGAUGGAGGAAAUGAAUUAGGAAUGGGCAAAGUAAAAGAUGCUGUAAAGAAGCACAUAAAAAAUGGAGAUGUUAUAGCUUGUGAUGUUGAAGCUGAUUUUACUGUUGUAGCUGGGGUCUCUAACUGGGGUGGCUACGCCAUCGCCUGCGCUCUGCACGUGCUGCGCUGCUGCGACGCCCACGGCCGCUACCUGCGCAGAGCCGUGGGCCGCCCACGCGCGCCCAGCCACAGGCCCUGGCUGCCAGCGCUCCCGUCCGUCCCCAAGGAAGAAAAGCUUCUGAAAACACUUGUCCAGCUCGGGGUCCGCAGUGGCAAAACUGCCAGUCUAGAGAUGGAAGUGGAUGGGCUGCCCUUCUACAGCACCCAUUCCCUUAUGAUUGAAAAGCUGCUGCAGGAAGCACAGCAGUGACUGUCCCUAAUGAUGUCUACAUGAAGAGUGGCUCCCAUGUCCUGUCCUUAUUUUUGAGGCUCUCUCAAGGUGUAAAAGAUCAGAAAAAGAUGACUUUUCAUCUCUGGUGUCUUCAACCCACACAGCCUUUCAUUGUUAUCCUUACAACAUCUCUGUGAAAUAAGAACAGGAUAUCAUUCACUUGGUCUAUCUUUCUUUUCUGUAAUUAUAUAAUGGAAAAUGAAUAUUAAAUGAUAUUAUAUAAUAAGAGGUGAUCUGGCUUUUACAAAGAAAGCAUGAAAUUACAAGGAGAUAUUAUUGCACUGGUGUUCUUGUUUUACUAACCUCAUAACUGCAACAGGAAGUAACUCGCAUAGCAACUUGGAUUUAAAAAUACUUGUGGUAAGGAAAACAGCUACAAUAGAGAGGGAAGAUUCAAAACAAAACUGCAGUUACUGUACUGAGAGCUCCAUUGCACACUUCCUCUAGCCCCCUCUAACACUGUGUUCUUGUGGUGGGGGAUAGUUUGUGGAAGUGUGAGGAGUUAAGGAGAAAAUUUUAACUGAGCUAAUGAAAAUAAGGGCAGCAUUGCAGAUCUUCUGUGUAAAAGGCUGGCUGUGCCACUACCCCCUGUCAUAUUAGUAGUUUGCCACUUACAUAUUUUGCCACUUUAUGGGUAAUAGAGAAAAGUUGUAGACAUUUCAGAGUAUCCUGUUGUUACAAAGAAUAUAAAAAUAAUUAUUAAAAUUAAUUAUUAGAAAUUAAAGUAUUAUUAGAAAUGAAUAAACAUUUGUAUGCAGUAUGACAUAAUAUUAUGUAAAUAAACUUUUACAUGAA